AUGAAAAACAAGUUUUUAAAUUGGAAUCUCUUUUUCCCAUUUGCUAUCUGGCACAUUUGGAUAAACAGGAAUAACAAUAACCAAAACAAUACAGAAAACCCUAUCAAUAUCAACCAUAUCAUUGCUAGGGCUAUUGAACUUCGUCUCUUAACUGAAAAUAAUAUUCUGACUUCUCCAAAAAUCCACCUCAAUAUUAAAUGGCAUAGACCCCCAAAGGGACAGUUCAAAUUAAAUAUAGAUGCAAGCUUCAACAAAAAUUUGCAACAAUGUGGGCUGGGUGGAGUGAUCAGAAAUGUCAAUGGGCACUGGAUAGUUGGCUUUGCAAAACCAGCUCAUGCACGUGGUUCACUACAUGUUGAGAUCAAAGCAUUACUAGCAGGACUUAAAACAGCUCAUACUUGGGGAAUGUUCCCUCUCCAAAUCGAAACAGACUCGACGAAGGUUGCAGAUAUGGAAAUUGCGACCAGUGUUCGCAAUUGCGAACCCUUCAAAAAAUUGAACCUUUCGCAUUUGCGAAACAUAUGUCGCAUUUGCGAUACACUCAGCAUUCCAGCCAUCAUCGCAUUUGCGAGAGGCUGUUCGCAACGCAUUGAAUACAGUCGCAUUUGCGACUCAGGCUACCAGGUCCACUCUUCACAUUUGCGAAG